AUGAAGAGGACUCACAGAGUUACUACUGAGGCUUCAUCAUCUAGAUCUAAUAGACAACAGGUUGAAGAUGUAGGUCCUACUCAUGAUAGUAAUGUUGACGCAGAGGUUGAAGAUGUAGUUGCUACUCAUGAUAGUAAUGUUGAGAUACAUGUCGAGCCUACUAAGCCAUCUCGACAGCUGCAAUUUGGAAUAAUCAGGAACGUGAGCUCCUUAGGUGCAUGUCGAAGACAUCUACCCUUUGUGAGUGGAAUUAGUGGGAAUGCAGAUAAGAUUGUGGUAUCUACAUUCGUUGAGUGGUGGCAUCCUGAAACGAACACCUUUCACAUACCUUUUGGUGAGAUGACCAUCACAUUGGAUGAUGUGUCAUCUAUUUUAGGCAUUCCUGUGUUUGGUGCAGCCGUUGCUCCACUUGAAGAUGAUAACGACACAAAUUUUGAGUUGUCAGUUAAGUACUUAAGAGUGACUGGUGAAGAGGCUACUGAACAAUUGCACCAAUACAGUGAUGAGUAUGUGAGUUUGUCAUUGUUACGAGCGCGAUUCUCCAAUGUUUCAGACACAGAUUCAAAGGAGUACAUCAUGUAUUCGACCAUAGCAUAUUUUUUAUAUCUCUUGGGUUGCACUUUGUUUGUUGACAAGACUAGCAUGAGAGUCCAAAUUGUGUACCUUAGACUACUUAGAAACCUUGAUAGUGUUGCUGGUUAUCCUUGGGGUUCUGGGUGCUUAGCAUGGUUGUAUAGACAAAUAGGCCAAGCUUUGAGGUCUAAGGUGAAGUAG